AUGAAUACACAAAGGGACAACACAAGAAUACUGAAGGGUGACAAUGUCAAUGAAGAAGCUCCUCAAGUGAACCAAGCUCCUCAAGUUAAUCAAGCUCCGAUUAAUCUUUCAGCUAUGUCAGAUGUGGAGAUUAGGUUGGCCCUUUUAAUGUUGGCUCAAGCCGUGACAACUCAAGCCCAAGCUAUGACGGCCCAAGCUAAUAAAGAUGUUGGGACUCAUGUGAACCCUAAUGGGAAUUCCUCGGCUUCUAGAUUAAGGGAUUUUGUUAGGCUGAACCCUCCCGAGUUUCAUGGUUUCAAAGUGGGAGAGGAUCUUCAAGAAUUUGUGGAUGAGGUUUACAAGAUACUUGAUUCCAUGGGGGUGACUUCGGUAGAGAAAGCGGAAUUAGGCGCUUCCCAAUUGAAGGAUGUUGCUCAAUUUUGGUACACUCAUUGGAAGAGAAAUAGGCUGGUAGGAGCAGGUCCCAUAGAUUGGGAGGUGUUUAAGAAAGCAUUUAUUGAUAGAUUCUUUCACCGAGAGUUGAGAGAAGCUAAGGUGGAAGAAUUCAUUACCCUUAGGCUUAUGGUGUAUGCACAACAAAUUGAGGAGUCCAAACUCAAGAGAAAUAAUAGGGAGGUAAAAAGGGCUAGAACCGAUGAUGGGAAUUUCUCUAAUGCUAAGUCCGAUGGGCAAGGUCGACAAAAGUUUAAAGGGUAUUACGAUCAAAAUUCUUCAAACAAUCCUAGGUUUAACCAAGAGAAAUGUAGUGGGUCUCCAUUUCCUAAGCCUACUUGCACCAAAUGUGGAAAGAAGCACCAUGAGAAGUGCCUAGCCGGUAUGGAUGGUUGUAGAAAGAGUGAUCAUCAACAUAAGACCCCGCGAAGAGCAUACGUUAGAAAGAAUGUUAAUAAGAACGUGGAACAAGAAGCUCCUCAAGUUCCAACUGACCCUUUGGCCAAACAAGUGACUAAUGUGGAGUUUCGAGCUGCUUUUCAAGUGUUGGUUCAAGCUAUGACGGCCUAA